CUUUUGAAGAGUAUCAAAUGUGAGGUAUGCCAAUAAGUUUUUACAUUUAUUGCAAUAAAGAAAAUGUGAAGAAAGUACCAAAUGAGAUUUCAAGUUUCAACUUCAACUAAGUCUGGCCAGUGCUGCUCACUUUAUGUAGCUUGAUGUAGUCUUCUAAAAUUUUUGGAAGUUUCGGAAACCCUAUUUUUGAGAUAACGAAGAAUCUGGCAUCAUCUGAUUAGUUUAUUUGUGUUUUCAAAUUAUCACAACGAUGACUUAUGUAUAGCCCGGCAGGCUUAUUAAAAACAUCAAGUCCGAUCGUACAUCAAACAAGACCAACCAUGACCAGUGCGGCCAAUUUCGAACCAAAAAUAUCUUUGGAAACACCUUUAGCGGAUUAUGAACGUCUCAUGGAACAGCAUGUUCAAUCAGAAAAUGUAGAUGAUGAUUAUACGUUAGAGAAUAAUUAUAAGAAAAUAGCUACUCUCGCGAGAGAAACUGUGGAUAAACUCCUUUUUGAAGGUAGUUCCAUUACAAAGGAGAAUCAAGAAAAAAUCGCAAAGUUUUUAAACAAAAUAAAGGAGGAUGCGUGCUUCUUUGACCCAAAUAGUUAUAAUGAAUGGAUAAUUGUUGUGCGUGACAAGUUGUUGAAAAAUAAUAUGCUUGACUUUUGGCGGGAUCACAUGGUCAAAAAAGAACUAGGUGUUUGUUGGGCCAGAGAUUCUGAUUUAUUUGAUGACAUGGAAGACCCAUCACCAAGAGAAUUUUACAAUUAUGCUGGCUGCGUGGCACCUUUUGAACAAGUGGAUAAUUCUAGUUUGUCGAACUUUUUGAAUCUCCCAACCCCAGCUGUGCUCCAAACACCAAUUGCUUCUACCAAUGCUUUGAAUUUUGAACCUGUGAUUUCGUUGGAAACUCCACUAGAGGAUUAUGUGCGUUUAAUGGAGGAAAAUGUACAAUCAGAAAAUAUAAGCGAUGACAACCUAAUAGAGAGUAACUACAAGAAAAUCGCCGCUGCUGCGCAAGACACUGUGUGGAAGCUUCUUUUUGUACCUGGUUCCAUCAAAAAGGAAGAUCAAUCAAAAAUAGCAGAGUUUUUAAAAAAAAUCAAAGAGGAUGCGUGCUUUUAUGACCCAUUUACUUAUAAUGAUUGGAUAAUUGGGGUACGGGACGAAUUGAUGAAACGCAAUAUGAUCGAGUUUUGGAGAGAGCACAUUGUUGAAAAGGAACUAGGUCCUUGUUGGGCUAGAGAUUCUGAUUAUUUCGAUGAUAUGGAGGAUCCGAAACCAAAAGAAUUUUACAACUAUGGAGGCUGUGAGGCUCCAUUCGCUAAAGAAAACGAAAUAUGACGUCACAGUUGUAUCUAGCGCACGGAUAAAAUGAUUUAUACUGCAGUGCAAAAUCUGCGUCUCGAAAUAAUAUUGAUGUAAUUUUCUUUUUUUUUUACACUUGUUUUUUUCGAAUAACAUUUUCAUUACAUAUUUGUAUAUAUUUUUUGCUUUGCUGGCAAGUUUCGAUUAAUAUUUGAUUAAAGAACAAAACGAAUAGAAAUUAGAGUUGCCAGUUUCUCACCAAGAAAAUGUAUAAUACCUGCUUAAAUUAGUUCUUACAAAUAUCUUUUAAUUAAAUAAAGCUUAUAUUCGCUGCGUAUCCCCUGUA